AGCCACGUUUUUCUCCUGGGCAAAGGUUUUAAGUUUGUAGAAGGUACGACUUAUUUGUCUUCAUUAUGUAAUUUGCCUUCAUGUGGUUUUAAGUGGAAAUUUGUGGAGGAAAGUGACGCAAAGAUUAAGAGAUUAUCCCGCAGACAUGGGUCGACUUGAUGGCAAGGUCAUCGUUCUGACGGCUGCUGCUCAAGGAAUUGGUCGGGCAUCUGCUUUGGCCUUUGCCAAAGAAGGGGCCAAAGUCAUAGCAACAGAUAUCAACGAAUCCAAACUUCAAGAGCUAAAUGAGCAUCCAGGCAUUCACACUCAAGUUCUUGAUGUGACAAAAAAGGAACAAAUUGAGAAGUUCUCCAAGGAAAUUGAGAGACUUGAUGUUCUUUUUAAUGUUGCUGGAUUCGUCCAUCAUGGAAACAUCCUGGAAUGCGAGGAGAAGGACUGGGACUUUACCAUGAAUCUGAAUGUCCGAAGCAUGUUCUUGAUGAUUAAGGCAUUUAUUCCCAAAAUGCUUGCCCAGAAAUCUGGCACCAUUAUCAACAUGUCUUCUGUGGCUUCUAGCAUCAAAGGAGUUGUCAACAGAUGUGUAUACAGCACGUCCAAAGCAGCUGUGAUUGGACUGACAAAAUCUGUGGCUGCCGAUUUCAUCCAGCAGGGUAUCAGGUGCAACUGUGUGUGUCCAGGAACUGUUGAUACGCCUUCUCUGAAUGACAGAAUCCAGGCCAGCGCAGACCCCAAAAAGGCGAUGGAUGAUUUCUUGAAGAGACAGAGGACAGGAAGAUUCGCAACUGCAGAAGAAGUGGCCCUAUUGUGUGUGUAUUUGGCCUCUGAUGAAUCUGCCUACAUGACUGGUAACGAAGUCAUCAUUGAUGGAGGCUGGAGCUUGUGAUUUCCGAAUUGUAACGAUGGAAGAGAAGCCCCUUCCUAGUUACCCUGAACUUGGACAUGAAUAGCAAACACCUAACAAAUUUAUGUAGCACUUUAUAGUUUAAAAAUCAUACAUUUAAAUUUCAUCACUAAAUGAUAAUGAAUUUAAUUAGUAAUUUUUUAUUCCUCAUAUGAACAUAAUCAAAGUGAUAGUUAAUAUUGAUUCAAUUACAUGGUAUCUAAUCUAUUACACAAUCCUGAAAUGUUCCUGGUCUUUUUCUGCUUCUUGAACUUUUUAGAUUCUCAGAAUAAAAUUAUGCUGUUCUCAGUUG